AUGGUGUACCUGACCUACUGCCGGAAGCUGCAGUUCGAGGAGCGACCGGACUACGGGUACCUGCGGCAGCUGCUGCGGGAAGCCUUCGCCCGCGAGGGCUUUCAGCUGGACUUUGUCUAUGACUGGAGCCUGGUGGGCAAGCUGAAGACUGAGCCACCCGCCAAGUCCAAAGGUCAGGAUCACAGGUUUGAGCCUGAGCCACGCGACAAGCGCCACCGGCAGAGGGGCAGGCGACACCACAAGAACCACGAGGAUCACCACCAGGAGGUUGCUGCUGAGGCUCCUGCUGGGGACCACGCAGAGCCCGCGGAGGGCGCCCAGGAGUUGCCGAACGGCAAGGCGCGGAGUUAUCAAAACCAAAGGAACGUUGCCUGGGCGAAAAUCGGCUGCUUGGACCGCACGAUGGAGCCCGGGUAG